CUGGGGGCGGGGGACCCAGGAAGUCAGGUUUUAUAGUGGGAAGAGCCCGUGUCGCCCUGGACAUGAUACGACUCACUGUGUGACCACACACAAGUUCGGCUGCUCUCUGGUCUUCUUGAAAACAGGAGGAGGGGGUUGGCUCAGCCGUCUCUGGGACAGCCGGGGCCCUUCCAGCCCUAACGUUCUGAGUGUGAUUGUCCUGAGGGGUCUGCCUGCUCUCAGCACCCCCCGUCAGCUGACCCAAGGAUCUUCCUGCUACAUUUUGGCUCCCCCCACCCCAGUCCAGUUUCUCUGGCCUAGGAUGGUUUCUCGGAGUCUGUGUCAGUAUCACAAACACCUACUGCUGCUGCUCUGGGCUGGCCCCGGGACCCAGAGAGUGAUAUGUUGAUUGAUGGGGUUAGUCAUCCUGCCUUCACGAAGCUUCCAGUCGGAAGCGUCUGUCUCCAGGAGUGGAGCUAGGCUCUGUACACAUAUGAGGAUGGCUCAGAUGACCUCAAGCUUGCAGCGUCAGGAGAUGGGGGCUUGCAGGAGCUCUCGGGCCACUUCGAGAACCAGAAGGUGAUGUACGGCUUCUGCAGCGUCAAGGACUCCCAGGCUGCUCUGCCAAAAUACGUGCUCAUCAACUGGGUCGGUGAAGACGUGCCUGAUGCCCGAAAAUGCGCUUGUGCCAGCCACGUGGCUAAGGUGGCUGAGUUCUUCCAGGGUGUGGACGUGAUCGUGAAUGCCAGCAGCGUGGAAGACAUAGAUGCGGGCGCCAUCGGGCAGCGGCUCUCCAACGGGCUGGCCCGGCUCUCCAGCCCCGUGCUACACCGGCUUCGGCUGCGCGAGGAUGAGAACGCUGAGCCGGUGGGCACCACCUAUCAGAAGACUGAUGCAGCUGUGGAGAUGAAGCGGAUCAACCGCGAGCAGUUCUGGGAGCAGGCCAAGAAGGAGGAGGAGCUGAGGAAAGAGGAAGAGCGGAAGAAGGCCCUGGAUGAGAGGCUCAGGUUUGAGCAAGAGCGGAUGGAGCAGGAGCGGCAGGAGCAGGAGGAGCGGGAGCGGCGCUACCGCGAGCGGGAGCAGCAGAUUGAGGAGCACAGGAGGAAACAGCAGACUUUAGAAGCUGAGGAGGCCAAGAGGCGGAUGAAGGAGCAGUCUAUCUUUGGGGACCAGCAGGAUGAGGAAGAGACCCAGUUGAAGAAGUCAGAAUCCGAGGUAGAGGAGGCAGCGGCCAUUAUUGCCCAGCGGCCUGACAACCCACGGGAAUUCUUCAAGCAGCAGGAACGAGUCGCAUCGGCCUCCGCGGGCAGCUGUGACGUGCCCUCACCCUUCAACCACCGACCAGGUCGUCCGUACUGCCCUUUCAUAAAGGCAUCGGACAGUGGGCCUUCCUCCUCCUCCUCCUCCUCCUCCUCCCCUCCACGGACUCCCUUUCCCUAUAUCACCUGUCACCGCACCCCAAACCUCUCUUCCUCCCUCCCAUGUAGCCAUCUGGACAGCCACCGGAGAAUGGCACCCACCCCCAUCCCCACCCGGAGCCCAUCUGACUCCAGCACGGCCUGUACCCCUGUCGCUGAGCAGAUCGAGCGGGCCCUGAAUGAGGUCACGUCCUCACAGCCUCUGCCACUGCGACCACCACCCCCACCAGCCCAAGAGACCCAGGAGCCCAGCCCCGGCCUGGAUGAUGAAGAGACCAGCAAGGAGGCCAGAGUAGCCAGCGCCACGGAGGAGCCCCCUCAGGCACCAGAGUCUCCCCAGGGGCAAGGCAGCGCCAUGGAGGACUUGAUGUUCAUGGUGUCUCCAGAGCAGGCUGUCCUGGCUGUGCCUCUGGGGCCUACCAUGGCUGAUACAGCCACAGCAGACACCCUGGCAGCUGACGCCAUUGAAACCAACACUGCCACUGCUGACACCGCUCUUGCCAACACCGUCACCCCUGACACUGCCAGCCUCAUUGACCUAUGGCCUGGCAAUGGAGAAGGGGCCUCCGCACCCCAGGCUGAGCCGAGGGCCCCCACACCACCCUUGGGUGCCGAGGUCACUCUGGCAGAGGUGCCUCUGCUGGACAAGGUGGCUCAGGAGCCCUUACCGCCAGCAAGUGAAGGCUGUGCCAACCUUCUCAGUUUUGACGAGCUGCCUGAGCCGCCUGCCACCUUCUGUGACCCAGAGGAGGAAGUAGAAGGGGAUCCCCUGGCUGCCCCCCAGGCCCCAACUCUGCCCUCUGCUCUAGAGGAGCUGGAUCAGGAGCUGGAGCCGGAGCCGGAGCCGGAGCCGGAGCCAGAGUCCCACCUGCUGACCAAUGGCGAGACCACCCAGAAGGAGGGAACUCAGGCCAGUGAGGGGUACUUCAGCCAAUCACAGGAGGAGGAGUUCGCCCAAUCGGAAGAGCUGUGUGCAAAGGCUCCGCCUCCUGUGUUCUACAACAAACCUCCAGAAAUCGACAUUACCUGCUGGGAUGCAGACCCAGCACCGGAGGAGGAGGAGGGCUUCGAGGGUGGCGAUUAGCGGCGGUGCCCACCCUCAGGCUGCCCUCGCCAAGGCCGCCCACCUGCGCCGGCCUCUGGCCAGACGGCCCGCAGCGCCUGCACACGCAGCAGCUCCGCCUGGCACCCACUCUGGAUUCCGGCCCUGGCAGGGGACUUUGCCGCUUCCCUACCCACGGGGCCCGACUUUUACAGCUUUUCUCUCUCUUUUUUUAAAGGUUGAUAGGAGACUUGUACAGUUGACUGGUUUUCCUCCUGUUGGUAGUUGAGACGCUGUUGCCAAUUCCACCCCCUCCCCACCCGGUCCAGAUUGUAGCUCUUAGUCCUCCCUGCUCACUCAGCUGGCAGGGGUGGAGGCCUCACCCUGCUUGGGGCCUGGCGUGGGGGGAGCUCUGGAAGGAAAAUGUCCCCCCCCCCAUCUCUUUUCCUAGUUUUCUGUUUCUUGGAAAAAUAUCACUUUGUAUUCUCUGUCCAGGGCUUCAGAUAUUUUGCACGAAUUUUAAAACAUGGCAAUAAAUGGCUCGUGGGCUCUGGCUCCCUGGGACCCCUUCCCCGCCCUUCUCUUUACCCCUCCCCGCCUGGCCCAAAGGAAGUAGCAGGCCCAGCUGGGGCCCUUUAGCUUCCCUGCCCUUUCCUGCCCCCUCCUGCUGGGCAGGUCCCAGGCCGGAGGCCCUAGACACGAUUCAGGUCUGGGCUGUGGGUGGGCUGGGGCUUGACUGGCCCUCCCAACUCCUCCCUCUUUGCUUGGGUUCCUUUUUCACGUUCAGUAACUGUUUUUUGGAAAGCACAAACUUCUGUAACGGGUCGUGCUCAUGUCUGUUAAUAAAGAAAUCCCAAUCCCUU